AUGACGGGGGGUGACCAUCAUCAUGAAUUAUCUAGGGAAGAUCUCUUUGCACCUUAUGAUACUUCGAUUGUACUUUGUCUUUACUUAUUUUUGUGUCAAGAACGCGUUGUUGAUAAGCUAAGAACCCCACAAGUAUACUAUCACAAACGUUAUGAUAGGGUUCCUACAAUAGAUACAUGCAUUGUUAAAGACGAUAAAUGCAUCUUUGAAGCUAACGAGCAAUAUAAUCGAGACAGGCUCGUUGAUGGGCAAGUUGUCCUGAUACUUAAAAAAUUAAUGGAAGGAUGCCGCAUCUGGUAUCAACGUGAAGCGGAGGAUGUCGCUAGGUUUUGCUCAACAUACACUUCGGAGUAUGAGGAGGCGGCAACAAAUUACUUUAUUAAGUACGGCGAUAUCGCAGGCAAUAAAGACGUAGUUACCGCUUUUAUGAAGCAGAAACAUCGCCUCCUCUGGGAACGUCGUUACGGCUCUGUUGGCCAAGGAAAGCAUGCAUCUGGUACCUCUCCGACCACUGAUCUUGUUGCCCGAGGCUCCCAAGCAGCCGAAAAGGCUGCUGAGGGGGAGAGCAUGUUUGACAUCUUUAAGCGAAGACGCUCAUAUAAUCCUCCCAAAGAAUUUCUUCCUUAA